AUGCUCAUUGGUAUCAGAUACUGGUAUGUGGCCCUCGUCUCCAGCGCUUAUGGGUCUCUCGUUUCCUGCACUGUUGAAGCGCAACUCACCGAAUGUUGCCAGGAUCUACAGACGAGAAGUCGCCGCGUGGCUUUCCCCGCACUCCACGGGCGCUCAGGUUGGGGGAGUUCUCCUACUCCUCCUGGAGUCCGGGGUGGCGUACACUGCUCUUUGGGCCAUCAACAUCUUCAUCCAAGUCCACGAAACCUUGGAGCACCACUGGAACUUUGCCACGCACUACGAGAUCAUGCACGAGACCUUCUACCUGUGCGCGGGCAUCUACCCCACCUUUGUUGUCGUCAUCAUCAUGCUGCAACAGCAGGCCAGUGCAAAGUCAGCUCUGAACCACCCGAGCAGCUUCCUGGAGUCCAUGCACUUCGCCCUGUCGUGCGGCGGGGCGCCACAAGAGACGGGGCGGCCUUCGGAGGACGAGAGGCUUUUCACGUACAAGCAGCUCGUACACACCGACGAGCAGCUCGUUCUCGCCGUCAGGGUGCUCUUUCGCGCCGUCAAACUGCUCGUUCACUCCCCCAAGUACGAGCGAGGCAUGUAACGAGGAGAUCGCAGUCACCCCUCGGUCCAAGCGCAUGGAGAGCGAAUGUGCCAAAGAACAGGAGGUGA